CAACGGCGGAGUUGAAGCAACAGACGGAAAAUGUUAUUGGACAAGUGUGGAACAAAAUUGUGUGAGUGAUGUGAUUAACGGCGGCAAAUAAUCCAACAAUUAAAAAUCCUCGUUAUUUACGUUGUGUUGAAAUGGUAGAUGCUUGCAAUAAAUGCGGGUAUAGAUGCGGAGCGCAGGGAAAAAUAUGAGUUUAAUUAAGUUUUGUUGGAAUCAUGCGAAAUACGAAUGAAUAUAACUAAGAAAGAAAUUUAAGAAGAUCGAAUGUGCGCUGAGCUGUGUGAGCGUUUUCGCUAUUGGAACGAUGUCAUGUCGAUAAGGCGUGGUGGUGUGGAGUAGAGUGAAGUGUUGUUAAGCCAUUGAGCCGUAGCCAACUCCCAAUUUAAUAAAAAAAUGAAAUUUCAAAUGAAAUCGAAUGAACGACACCGAAACCAAUUGCACAAUUACUUUUUGCAAUUAAAUUUUUGAAAUGUCGCAAUGUUGUUAAUCGAGUUUUAUUGGCAUACAAAAAUUUGUUUAAUAUGUUUUAAAUAAUUUUAUGUGGUGAAAUAAAAAAAAUGAUGUAAGCAUCCAAAACAGUGGAGAAAUGGUUAUAUUCCUACAAUUACAUGGAAUUGUUCAUAGCUGCUCAUUGUGCAUUUUGCUCGUUUAAGUAAAUAAUUCUUUAAUUUUGCUAACACCGACUUCAAACUCAAGCAAAUAUAACAAUUUAAUACCAAAUGCCAUUUGCCAUUUUCCCAUAACGAAAGCUUAAAUUUGAAGAAAGCGACUGGCAGUGAUAGUGAUAGUAAAAGUUAUCUUAGAAGAGAAGUGCAUAGCAAAACAGCAACGGAAGCACAACAACAAAGUGUUUUAUUAAACUGGCAAGUCAAAGUAAAAACAAAACAAGAUGACCGUGACGACAGUGUGGAAGGAGGCAAAUAGCAAGCAUGCCUUCGGAAUUGCGAAGUGCAAUUUCGAUCAGGAAGAUAAGCCGCAUCGUUUGAGUCUGGAUGUAGGUGAUUUAGUUGUAAUACUCAAGGAGACAACACAUUGGUAUUAUGGCUAUAAGCAGAGACAUAAAGAUCAACGCGGCAUAUUUCCGAAAUCCUACAUACAUCUGUGCGAUUACACAAUCAUCAAUGGCGAAUACUGCAUCAGACGUACUGAGAUCGUUGAGGAAAUUACCAAAGUUUUAUUGGAAUGGGGUUCCAUAUUGAAGCAGUAUUUUUUGGUCACUCAUCGCGACUUCAGUUCUAUACGCGCAAAAAUGAUCGAGUUAAAUAAUAAUCGCGCGAUGCUCAUAUCGGGAAAUUUGCCCGUUGACGAGAUGCGAAAAGUGAAGCUGAUGGCCACAUCGCAAAUCGACACAGGAAACAGUCUGCUGGGCUUGGAUAUGGUGGUGCGUGACGAGAACGGCGACAUACUGGAUACAAAUACGAUAUGCACCACGGAAUUGUACGAGCAUCAUAUGAAUGCGGUGAACCGCAUUAUUAAAGCGAAUCGCCCACAAACUAUCCAACGUUGCCCACGCCCCCUCAACAAGUAUUCGCACAAUAUCCUGCUGCAUGUGAACGCAUUCGUCUGCAAGUUCCAAGAAGACUCGGACCUGCUUUUCACACUAUUCGAUGGCGAAUCACAUAAGCCGAUAAGCGAGAAUUACGUGGUGAAAUGGUCGCGCACUGGCAUCGCACGCGAUAUCGAUCAAUUCGACAAUAAUCGUGUGCUCUUCACCGAUCUCAGCAAAAAUGAUCUGAGCAUAUCGAAAAUGUAUCUUGUCUGCUAUGCGAUACGCAUAGGUGCCAUGGAAAUGAAGGAGAAUGAUUCGAAACGCGCCAGUAUAACAACCGCCAUGUUGACACCCUCAAGCAAGAAACACUCACAACUCUCGAUCAGCUCGAGUGGUUCAUUCAACAGCGCCGAAUAUAUAAUGCGGCGUCCAUUCGGUGUCGCAUGCAAAGAUCUCACACCGAUUUUGCAUAAACCAGAGGAUUUCCGCGGAAAUUUGGAUCUACCAUUUAUGCUGUGCGAGAAGGAUACGCUCGAUGGCACGCUGCGCAAGCUGAUCGCCAAUAAAGAUAUUGGUAAGAUCGAUUCAAAAAUGGCGGUUACCAUUGAAGUGUUACAAGGUGACAUCAAACAAAUCAAAGAAGAUUUUCCACGACUACUGCACACAAAUGUGCCGCUGGCGCGCAAAAUGGGGUUUCCCGAGGUUAUAUUGCCGGGUGAUGUGCGCAACGAUCUGUAUCUGACGGUGUGCGGUGGUGAGUUUGCGCGCAUUGCCAAGACCUCGGAGAAGAAUGUCGAGGUGACGGUGUAUGUGUGCAAUGAUCAGGGACAGGUGGUGCCCGGCGUGAUGAGCAUCGGCGCAGGACAUCCACCCAUUGACGAAUACAAGUCGGUGGUGUACUAUCACGAUGACAAGCCCAAGUGGCUGGAGACCUUUAAGAUACAUGUGCCGAUCGACGAAUUCAAACAGUGUCAUUUGAAAUUUCUUUUCAAACAUCGAAGCUCCAACGAGCAAAAGGACAAAUCCGAGAAACCCUUUGGGCUGUCCUAUGUGAAAUUAAUGCAGGAUAACGGCACAACGAUACUGCAAGGACAGCACAACCUGGCUGUGUACAAAAUCGACCACAAAAAGUAUGACAAGAGCAAUGCAAAUAUUUAUAUGGGCUUACCAGCAACGAAUGGUGAAUUACAAGGCACCAAACCUUCGUUGGGCGGUUUGUCGCUGUUGCCCAAGGAUCAGGUGACUAUUUGCGUGAACUUAUGCAGCACGAAAUUGACGCAAAGUGUGAGCCUACUUGGUUUGCUCAAUUGGUCUGCUCACAAGGAAACACUGGAGGAGUCCUUGAACGCUUUGUCAAACGUGCCUGGCGAGGAGGUGGUAAAAUUCUUGCAGGACAUACUCGAUGCCUUAUUCAACAUUUUGGUUGAAAAUGACGAUCCUGCACGUUACGAUCAGCUGGUUUUCAUGAGUAUCAUACACCUAAUUGAGACAGUGUCCGAUCUGAAAUAUCAACAUUUUCUCACCGUUUUGGAUGUGUACAUAAAUGAGAGCUUCUCAGCGACGCUGGCCUAUGACAAAUUAAUUGAUGUACUGCAACGGAAUAUCAGAGAGGCUGUCGAGCCGAUAGAAAAGUCCGCCGAUGGCAUUGAGAUUGAGGAGCGCGUGGAGGUGAAGCGCCUUUACAAGACCACCAGAUAUCUGCAUUACGUAAUGAAAUUCGUGAUACGCUCACGCAUGCUUUUCUCAGCAAUCAACGGUAACUCGGAUUACGAUGAUUUUGCUAAUAAAUUGCAAGAGUUGCUGGAGAUGUUCAUAAAAAUGAUUGCCUGCCCUACCGAUUUGUUGAAAUCUGAGGGUGCGCUGCUAAAAAAUUUGCACAUCAUUGCCACGGAUUUAAUGACGGUUUUCGACGAAGUGCGCCUAAGCAAUGUGAUUGUGAAUAUCUUGCGUCAAUUUCCACCACGCCGCCUAACACAAUCGAAAAUGGGUUGCAUAAAGGACUUUGUGGACUCCAAAUUGUUCCUAUCGCCUGAUUGCCGUGCCGUGCUGCUGCCCGUCUUCUGCAAUCACAUUAAGGAUCGGCUUGAGAGCAAAGAAGAGGGUGACUCGAAAUCUGAUAUAUGGCAACAAGAAAAGAAUCUCUCGAAGGCAGCAAAAGUCCUCGGACAGUUAAAAUCACAUCUGCACACACGUGAAACAACUGCCAAACAAAAGGUCAACGAGUGCAUCAUCAUUAUGAACAACAUUCUACGUUUGUUGUUUCGCAAAGACAUCGGCAAGACACACAACGACGUGCGCGAUGUAAUGCUCAUCCUUCUGCGCACCAUCAUCAAGACCUCUCACGCACUCGAUCGCGAAAACCAGCUAGUUGGCAAUUUGGUGGCCAUCAUGUUGGGCAUACUGCAGCGCAUGGAUGGCGCACACUAUGAGAUCUUUGUGAGGCAUCUGAACAAUCGUUUUGAGUUGCAAGAUUUCAUAAUUGAAAUAUUGCUAGUGUUCGAGGAGCUCGUCUCACCGCAUCAGAAACCGGUAUUCUCACGUGAUUGGAUGGACAUGAUAAUGCACCAGAAUAUGGUGAUAUUGCGCUCAUUGCAGCAUAUUUCCGUUGUCAUCAUCGAUCACUUUUUCGAUCCCUUCGAAAAGCAAGUGUGGUCGAAUUUCUUCCAAUGCUCCAUUGCAUUCCUCAUACAAUCGCCGCUACAGUUGAACGACUUCAAUGACAACAAACGACAAAUCAUAUUCGCCCGUUAUCGUGACAUACGCAAGGAUACGGCGCAGGAGAUACGCAAGAUGUGGUUCCAGUUGGGUGAACACAAACCGAAAUUCGUGCCACAACUGGUUGAGCCGAUACUCGAGAUGAGUAUGAUACCUGAGGUGGAAUUGCGCAAAGCAACCAUUCCAAUCUUCUUCGAUAUGAUGCAGUGCGAGUACUACAGUUCGAAAAUGCUGCCCAACAGCUAUGGCGAUACGAAACGCAACAAUUCGCAUUACAAGGCGAACUUCAACGAAUUCGAAACGGAAAUGAUCGAAAAGUUGGAUAUACUGAUUGGCGCAGGCAAAGGCGACGCCGACUACAAGGACCUCUUCCAGAGCAUAAUGAUGGAAAAGUGCCAGGCACACAAUAUACUCAAUAUAGAGGGCACCAAAUUCGUGAACAUGGUGACCAAGCUAAUGGAGCGCUUGCUCGAGUAUCGCUGCAUCAUACAGGAUGAGAGCAAGGAGAAUCGCAUGGCUUGCACUUUCUCACUACUGCAAUUCUACUCGCAGGUCAAUCGCAAGGAGAUGUACAUACGCUACGUCUACAAGCUGUGCGACCUGCAUAUGGAAUUCAAUAACUACACUGAGGCUGCCUUCACAUUGAAAUUGCACACCGAGUUGUUGCAGUGGAACGACACAGAAUUGUCGCCACUUUUGCGUUCGCAUCGCCAUAUGGCGUGUCGCACGCAUCGCGAACUCAAAGAGGCGCUCUAUUACGAAAUCAUCGACUACUUCGACAGGGGGCACAUGUACGAGUGUGCCAUCGAUAUGUGCAAAGUGUUGGCUCAGGAAUAUGAGAAUGAGAUCUACGAUUAUUUGAAAUUGGCAAAAUUGCUGGCAAAGAUGGCUCAGUUCUUUGAGAAAAUACUGAACGAGUUGCGCCAUACGUCGGAGUAUUUCCGUGUCUGCUUCUAUGGUUUGGGCUUCCCGCGUUUCCUACAGAAUAAAGCAUUCAUAUUCCGUGGUGAGGAGUAUGAACGUUUGAGUGACUUUUGUUCGCGUAUUUUGGUGCAACAUCCACAGGCUGAACUCAUGCAGACGCUGGAGGCACCCGGCGAGGAUAUCACACAGGCGGAUGGUCAAUUUAUACAAGUGAACAAAGUUGAGCCUAUAAUGAAUGAGAAUUUCAUCAAAUUCGAGGGAAAAAUGGUGUCGAGCAAAAUCGUCAACUACUUCACAUCGAAUAAUGUGCAGAAGUUUCAAUUUUCACGACCUUAUCGCGAGAGCAAUGGCUGUGGAGCGGACGAUGUGCGCAGUCUCUGGCUCGAAAGAACGGUGAUGACGACAAGUUUUCCACUUCCGGGUAUACUGCGUUGGUUCCCUGUUGCGGACACAAAGAAAUUCAAAAUAUCACCAAUUGCUUUGGCUAUUGAAACUAUGAAGAAAACCAAUAAGGAUAUACGCGACCUGAUUAUUGAGCACAGAAAUGAUGAAACAUUGGCCAUAAAUCCGUUGAGCAUGAAAAUCAAUGGCAUUGUCGAUCCAGCAGUGAUGGGCGGUUUCAACAAAUAUGAAGAUGCCUUCUUGACAUCCGACUAUUUCGAAGAGCACCCGGAGGAGAAGCAUCUAGUGGAAGAAUUAAAAGAUCUAAUCGCUUCGCAGAUACCACUGCUCGAAAUAGCUAUCACACUGCACAAGCACAAGGCGCCAGAGAGCUUGAAACUCUUCCACGAACGGAUGGAGCAAUGCUUUGCCGAUAUGCAGGCGAAUGUGGAAUGCAAAUAUGGAAAGAAGACCUGUGACUUGAAGCUGGAUCGCGAAUCGGUGAUUAUGCGUCGUAAUGGUUCAUUCAUGCCUGGCAUGUUCGAGGGCAAUAAUCGCUUAUCGGAAACGAGCAUGGGCUCUUCAGAUAGCGGCCUGUCGAAGUCUACUUCCUCGACACGUCCACAAACCAGUUCGAUAAAAUCAACAUUCGCAAGUUUCAAUUUCAAUCCAAGACCUAACCUCGGCCAUUCGCCCAGCACAAAAAGCAAGUCUAAAGAGAAAACGCCCUCAAAACGGCGCUCAAUGAAAAAGUUGGAUCGUGAAACGCUAAGUCUACCGGUUGCCAAUAGCCAGUGGUACACACCACCGCUAACCACAAUAACGGCAACGCCUGAACGGGAGUCAAUCACAUCAAUAACCAGCGCCUCCAAUUCUUCCUUAACAGCUAAGACACCGGAUCCGAAAGUGUUGACACAAGAGUUAACCACAAAGCGUCCUUUGCGCUCUGAGAAGGAAAAGGAACGUCGCUUGUCACGCCCUGCCAGCAUUGCCACACCCACUACCGGUAUGAAAGGAUUCUCCGGUACUGACGCGCAUUCAUUGUCAGGUGCGGAUAGCAGCAAUCGGAACUCUGUUGAUACAACAGAUUCCACCUCCGAGGAGGAUCUUAUACCACCGCCACUACCAGCCAAAACACGAGACUCAACCGAUUUUAGCAGUUUCACGUACAACAUUGACUGGAAUCCAAAUAAUUUCGCUUUCACUCCAGUUAGUCCCAGCACAGUUACUACAACAACAACAACAACUACCAUACAACACACUCAACACACCAGUAUUACAAAUAACUCGUACGAAUAUGUUGAGGCCAGAAAUUUCAUGUUAACCGAAAAACGACCACCCACGCCGCCACCCAAACCCUCACGCAAUAGCAAACACAUUCCAUAAACGGAGGGAAAUAAGUGAAAACAGUUAAGCAGAGAAGUAUGAAGAAAGAGUAGAAAAGAAGUAAUUAACGCUGUGAAAGUGAAGCCAUAUUGAAAAUUGAUAUUGAAGUGUGCGGAGUGGAUGUGUGAUUGUGUGGUCAUUAAGCUAAGUAAAUGGUGUUAAUUGGAUGAAGAGCGCAAAUCUACAGAAGUGCACAAAAAGUCAACGUCAGAACCGCAGAACUGAAGGAAUUGGUGUGUAACCACAGCAAUACGAACAAACAAGUGCCAAAAAAUAUAAUUAGCAAACAAAAAAAAAAAAAACAACAAUCAAGAAAAAUGGAAAGGAGCAACACUUUUUAGCUGCCUGAAAUCAUGUUCAAAAAACAAAAAAAAACUAAUAAUAAAA